CAUACUCCUACACAUAUACCUAGCGUCUACGAUCGAUCUACUACGUUGUUACCGUACGUUCCUAUCAACCCAACUCACAGUCAACCAACCAAAAACUAACUCACGGCAUCCCGUGUGUGCUCAGAGAUCGAGGGUACUCCAUUGUCGACAACUCGAAAGUUGUACCGAGUGCAUCGACCCCACCUACGGAACCCAACGAAUUGCCUGCCUGCCCGCCUACCUGCCUCGAUUGCAUUGGCAGUCGCUUAUCAACUUCUUCGCACGAAUCAACUCACGCAAGUCGAGUUUGCGUUACCUCACGUUGCGUACUCUUCCUGCUGAUUCCUCCUCCCCACUGUUUGCACGGAUUGUGCAUCACAGUGCCCUGCCCAUACACAACUACUCCCAUGAUUCUACCGCACCCGUCCCCACCGCAAGUCCCCGCUCGACGCACGCCAACGCGAAGCGUGGGAACCCGUUCGACGAUACACAAUCAAUCGCAAGCCAGUACCUGUCGUAGUAGAAGUUUGCCCAGUCACCAAACGCCACUCCAAACCUUGGUCGGAGUUGCUCCCAUGCACUGCGAAUCCGACGAUGUCGCCGUCAACGCCAAUCGAGAGGAAUCGAUCUUUGAUCCAAGGAUCACGGACGCGAGAAACGGUACCGAAUUCGAGGCUGCUCCUUCCUUGGAAGAUCCCAUGCAAGUCGAUGACGAUACAGUCCAAUCCUUUCUCGUCAAGACACUCCCCCUCGUCACUCCCGCUUCUCCUACUACCGUGGCGGUACGCAGCCCCGUCACCCGGGCCCCCACUACGGACGCCAUUGAUGCGAUCAAUCCCAGUAUCGGUGCAGCUGUGACUACGACAACCAUCCUUCACAACAACAACACCAUACGGGCACUCUCCCCACAUCCCUUUACCCAAUGGGUGGAUUACCUUCCAUCCCUUCCCCAGUCCUCACACGAAGCGACCGUAACGACAUUAACGACACCCACACGGCAACACACUACCGCAUCCGCCACGGUUAAACGAGUCUCCCUCGACGCCACGGAAUCGCAUUUACACGACAACAACAACACUACUCUUGGUUGCCAUCACGACGACGAGGACCUGCACGAAAUGCAACUGGACGUAUGGGACGAUGCCGCCGCUUCCGAAAUAACCUCCACUUCGGACGAGUUCUACAAUCCUCUCGUCCCCCACAGUCUCUUGCUCAGUCACGAUGUGCAACUCCAGCACGAACUGCUCCUGGACGACGCCACUUCCAUUUCCAGCCAGAGUCUGCACACUCCCCUCCCCCCGACUUCCGGGGGACGCACCCAAGCGGAAACACCUCAUCACGCAGAAGACUUGCGCAUGCGACGACAAUCCCUCGCCGCAUCCAUGCAAGCCUCUCAACAGUCCCGUAAAGUGCUCUUGUCCGCACACGUACAACAACGAGCCAAUCUCGCAAGAGUUCUCUCCUCCAUUGAAAAAAGUUCGCGACAAAUUCAAACCGGUAUCCUGACCACCGACGCCUCUUCCGAACACGACGGGCAUUAUCCAUCCUCCACAACCACUACUCUUCCCGACAAUGACGAAGACGUGGUCUUGGAGGACGAUGCCGUCCUCUGCUUUCCCGUGGAAGAACUCUUGAACGAUCCCAUGGUAUAA